GGGUUAAUAUGUGAUGUCAUGUGACCCACACUCAGCCAUCUUGUGGAAAACGAAUAGAGAGAGCCACUCAGCAACACGCAUACUAUCUCUGAGCUGUCACAACAAGUAGAGAACCUUGAGGAAAAAUGGCCGAAACCCAGACACUUAAUUUUGGACCAGAAUGGCUCCGUGCCCUGUCUGGAGGUGGCGGUGGUGGCAUUGGUGGAGGCAGCAAUGCUGUUGCCUCUCCGCCUCUCUCGCCUGCAUUGCCAAAGUAUAAACUUGCAGACUAUCGUUACGGGAGAGAAGAAAUGUUAGCACUUUAUGUAAAGGAUAACAAGAUCCCUAUAGACCUACAAGAUAAGGAGUUCUUACCCAUACUGCAAGAGGAACCCUUACCACCUCUGGCACUCGUGUCUUUUACAGAGGAAGAACAGAGAAACUUUUCCAUGUCUGUAAACAGUGCAGCUGUACUUCGGCUGACAGGGCGGGGGGGUGGCCCAAUAGCCGGGGCACCAAGAGGCCGAAGUACCUCAAGAGGUAGAGGGCGGGGAAGAGGAGACGGAGGGUUUUACCAAAGAAGUUUUGAUGACGUUGAAGGUUUUGGUCGCGGAGGAAGGGAAAUGCACCGUUCUCAAAGCUGGGAGGAACGGUAUUGGAAUGAAAAAAUGGGGGACCGACGAUUUGAAAAGCCAGGUCGAAAGGACCCAGCUGAUGUUGCUCCGGGGCAUUUUCAGAUCAAUCACAUUCGAGGCCCAUAUGAGGACGGAGGGACAGGACUCCCAAGGAAGCACGACUUUACGCGUUCAGAGAGUGAAAACUGGCGUACUACUCGAGACGAUCAGAACGGUGAGGGUGAUGAGGGGGGCUGGCGCCUGCUGGGUUCUCAAUGGGAGAACGACCGGUGGUGCCCCCCGAGCCCAGAUGGGCCUCGGUCAGCAGGCUGGCGGGAACUUCCGGAGCAGCGUCGACAUUUUCCGUUUGAUGCAAGAGAAGACGAGCGCGGCUACAGAAGGCAGAGGUCUGGCAGCGGCAGCUUGGAUGACGAGAGGGACAGCUUACCCGAGUGGUGUCUAGAGGAUGCAGAUGAAGAGGCAGGCACAUUUGACUCUUCUGGAGCCUUUCUCUCUCAUAAGAAAGCCUCAAAGGAACCGAUUCCAGAAGAAGCAGAGCUCGACUUCAGACCCUUGGAGGAGUGUGACGAAGGCCUGGAGGAGCUGGAUACCCCGACCAGGGAAACCAAAGAAUCAGAAAAAGAAGCCAAAAGGGAAGCAGACAGAAAAGUUUCAGAGAUGUCCAGAAGUUCAGAUGAAGCUCCAGCUGUUGUUCCACUUGUUGCUCAGGCCGUCUCGGAGACCCUGCCCCCUUCACAGAGUUUGUCCCCCAUCAAGCCCAACAGAACAGAGGAGUCUGAGAGGCCGGCUGAACGGCAGCCCCCCCUGGAGCUCCCACCAGAGUCCUGCAAAGCCCCCUUGCGUGUCCCCAUGUCCUCCAGCAUGUUGGACUCCCUUCCUAUGACCCACAUUUCCACCACCCUACCAGAAGGAUCUGUUCCAUCGUCCACUGUUCAGCUACCGAAGCAGAAGCCAAUAGAGGUUUCUGUGUCAUUGAACAAUCACUCACCCUUCACAUCGAGUUUAAUAGCACCUAUAAGCAGGCCCACCACUGUGCCACAUGACACUGAUGAAGAUGAGGGACUAAAACACUUUGAACAAGAGGCUGAAAAGAUGGUAGCGUACCUCCAAGACAGUGUGGUGGAUGACGACAGACGUUCAGCAAAGACUUCAGGGAAGCCCAAGUCUGCAGGUCUGCCUCUAACCCACGAAGCCGCUCUCAAGUGGUUCUACAAAGACCCACAGGGGGAGAUACAGGGUCCGUUCAACAAUCCGGAGAUGUCGGAGUGGUUUCAGGCUGGUUACUUCACUAUGUCUUUGUUGGUCAAAAGAGGGUGUGAUGAAGUGUUUCAGGCUCUGGGGGAGAUGAUGAAGAUUUGGGGGAGGGUACCGUUCACCCCAGGGCCUGCACCUCCACCACUACAAGCGGAUGGUGACCAAGAAAGGUUAAAGAGGCAGCAGGAGCUCACUGCUCUCAAUCUUUACCAGCUACAGCAGCUCCAGUAUCAGUACCUCCUCAGGCAACAGUACGCCCAGGCGAUGGCCCAGCAGAAGGCCCUAGUUCUUAACUCGGCUCCUCUCCAGCAGCAGCAGCAGCACCAACAGCAGAUAAACGGGCUUCUCCAGCAAUACCAGGCUCUUAAGAUAAGCGCUUCUGAGAGUCUUCUACCUCCUGUUACCCGAUCCUCCGGCUCUGUGUGGGAAAUGCAGAACCCCUCCUCGCAGGCCUCCUGCAAACCAAACCUACCACAAGCUUCCACAAGCACAUGGGAAGGCAGCAGUGUCUGGGAUUUGCCGAUAGACUCGAUGGCUCAGGCUCCAACUAUCGAGCAGAUGCAGCAGUUUGAGAAGGCGAAGUCUGCAAAGUUGGAACUGGAGAGACGGGAGGCGGAAAUCAGAGCAAAACGAGAGGAAGAGGAGAGGAAACGCUUGGAGGAAGCUCUCAGGGCUCGACAGGAAGAAGAACGGAAACGACUGGAAGAGGAAGAGCUGGCACGACAAAAACAGGAGGAGGCAUUGAGACGGCAAAGGGAACAAGAGGAGGCGAUACGUAGGAAAAAAGAAGAAGAGGAGAGACUGGCACAGGAGGAGGCUCUCCGGCAGUUAGAGGAGAGGCGGAGGGAAGAGGAAGAGAAAAGGAAGCGGGAAGAGUUCCUUCGCAAGCAGGAAGAGGAGCGCAGAAAGCAAGAAGAAUUAGAAGCAUUAAGGAGAUAUGAAGAGGAGAAAAGGGCUGAGGAGGAGGCGGCGGCAGCUGCUGCUGCUGCCUCUGCAGCAGCUGCUGCUGCUGCUGUUCUUGCACAGCAGCAAGAGGAGCUAAAACGGAAAGAGCAGGAGGCCCAAAGACUGCUGGAGCUGCAGAGACAGAGGCAGCAGCAGCAGGAGGCCCUCAGAAGGCUGCAGCAGCAACAACAGCAACAACAGCAGCUUGCACAAAUCAAGCUCCCAUCCUCUUCUAAGUGGGGUCAGCAGUCGACGAGCUCUCUAAACCACUCUCAGAACGCCCUGUCACUUGCCGAGAUCCAGAAACUAGAGGAGGAGAGGGAACGGCAGACACGGGAGGAGCAGAGACGUCAGCAGCAGGAGCUCAUCAAGCAGCAACAGCAGCAGGCCCUGCAGCAAGCCCAGCAGUCCCAAGCCAAGCUGUCUGGUUGGGGUAACAUGACCAAGCAGCCAGUUAUGACUAAGUCUUUGCUGGAGAUUCAGAGGGAGGAGGCUCAGCAGAUGAAGCAGAGGAAGGAGCAGCAGCACCAUCAACACCCCAUCGCCACCCAACAAACCCGACCUCAGAACAGAACUGUAUGUAGCGAGCAUGCAGUCUUCAGUCAAAGCAGUGGUCAAGUAGCUGUAACUCGUUAUCGUCUCCUUCCACAGACAUCACUGAGUAGCUCGGUGUGGGGGUCUGUCACCACCAGCACUAACUGGGUCUCGGACCCCAGCAGCAUCUGGGGCGACACCCAGAACUCAAACAUGGGCUUCUGGGACGAGGCUGUGAAAGAAGCUGUCCAACAACCUCCCCAGAACAAAAAAGGCAACUCUCAGAAGAACAAUAAGGGCAACGCCAACCUCAGCAACUCCCUGAGUGGGCGAACCAGUAAGAAGGCUGACGAGGAAGAAAAGCUGCUAAAGUUGUUCCAGGGGGUCAGUAAGAGCCAGCAGGACACCUUCAUACAGUGGUGUGAGCAAACGCUGCACACACUGAACACAGCCAACAAUCUGGAUGUUCCUACAUUUGCAUCCUUCUUAAAGGAAGUGGACUCGCCAUACGAGGUGCACGACUACAUCAGGGCCUAUUUAGGAGACACUACUGAAUCCAAGGACUUUGCCAAGCAGUUUCUGGAACGUCGUGCCAAACAGAACUCUAACCAACAGAAACAGGCGCCGUCGAACCAACAAGUCAAGCAGCAGCAGCAGGAUUCGGUGUGGGGUGGAACAGGAUCUUCAACGAUCUACCCGUCCAACCACACGAGCGUCCAGCAGCAGCAGCGGUUUGAGACAGUCACCUCAGGGAAGAAGAAAAAGAAGCAGAAGAUGGUUCGAGCAGACCCCAGCCUUUUAGGUUUUUCUGUGAACGCAUCAUCUGAGAGGUUGAAUAUGGGAGAAAUUGAGACUUUGGAGGACUUUUAAGGGACGGCAGCCAAGUAACUCCUACUGACUGUAUCCCAUUUGAACAGCAGCUGUUUUACCCAAACCUCUGCCCCAUUACUGCUUCCUCAAGUUUCACCUUUACAUUUCCGUUUCCCCUUUAAUCAGGCUGGUCUUUUCGAAAAACAAAGCAAGCAAAGAAUCAGAUGGUGAAAAAACCACGACCUUCUGGAGAAAACACACAAAAGAAUCUUCAGCAUACACAGAUUUGGGCUCCAUCAUACUUGGACUUUUUUUUUAAGUGUGGAAAUAAGGGUGGGUGCAAUAAGGUUAAAGAUGGAGAAAAUAUAUAUAAUUGUUUUUGUUUUAUUUAUUGAAAGCCCCUCCUUCCUCCCUGCUCCUCAUCUCCUUCUGCAGCUGGGUGUUCGUGGAUAAUGAUGGCAAACUUAAAGCCAGAGGAUUCGUUACAACUUAUGUCCUGUUUUAAGGACAUGUUCAAAAGUUCCAACUAGUUAUCUAUUUCUUGUAAAAUACUAGACUGUUUAAAGAAUAAACUUUCAAUUCUGCAUCUGUAUUAUAAUAUAUGAAACUUAUCUACUGGAGUCAUACUUUUUUAUUGCAGUAUGAAAGAAUAAAACAGUCUGGUGUGUGGGCUGUUAA